AUGGAAACAUCCAUGUUCAUGCCGUGUGGUCUGAAAAGCGUGGGGCCGAAGUUGGUGCCGUUCUUCAAAACCGUGGCCAUCUACUUCGUGCUCUUCAUACCUGUGGAAAGACCUUCUGUUUUCGCCAUGUUCAUCAAAUGUCUGCCCAUCAUCAGCCUGAUCUUUUUCGUCUUACUACACGGAAUGAGCUUAGGAGAAGAGUAUGCAUUUUCCCGGAGGAUUCUCAUUGGUUUGCUGUUUUCAUGUCUGGGAGAUGCUUUGCUUGUGUGGCCUCAUUACUUUUUACAUGGCAUGGUUGCAUUUGGUGUUGCUCAACUAAUGUACACAGCAGCAUUUGGUUUCAAGCCACUUAAUGCGUCUUUAGGGGCAGUACUCUAUUUUGGCUGUGCUACAGCUGUGGUACUACUGUUGCCUGGUCUAAAAGGGGUUCUUGCUGUUGGUGUACCACUUUACGGUAUUCUACUGAUAACCAUGGCAUGGAGAGCCAUUGCAAGAGUACAGUUCUUUGGGGACCUCUGGACUUGGACAAAACUGUGUUCAUGUGCUGGAGGAAUAGGCUUUGCAAUAUCUGAUAUACUAAUUGGAUUCCACCAUUUUCAUCAUCCCAUUCCUUAUUCUCAGGCACUUAUUAUGGUAACAUAUUAUGCAGCUCAGUUGGGAAUUGCUUUGAGUGUGGUGGAUUCUAAAGCAAGUUAUAAUAAAGCUUUAGCUGAAGCUGCACAAAGUGCCGCUAACAAACAACAAGGAGAAAGCAGUAAAUUAAAAUCAUCAGAACUGAAAGUGAGACACACAAUAUCUCUCAAAUCUCACUGAUAAGGAUCUCUGAUCAAUGCAAGAUAUUCACUCAAUCUUGUAACUAACUCUACAAUGCUCCACUUAACGGAGUAGCUGUGUGCUCAGGGAUCGUGGGUUGUGCAGCACAAUAUAUGGCAGUUUUUUUUCUUGUAUGAAUAGUGCUGCUGUGUUCCCACAAAGAACGAUUCCAUACAAGCAUAUCGAGGGGGAUGGUUCUUACUAUGGUUUUAAACAGAUCUAAUACACAAGAACAAGUUAGGUAAAGAUAUUGUUUUGUAUUGUAGAUAAACAAUGUUUAUCUCCUUUCCCAGAAAUAUUUAAAAGUAUUUUAAGUAUGGGUGUUUAUGUAGAAGUAGUGUCAACUCAAGAGUGAAAAUGAUUCAGAUGUUUGGAAUGAUUCUUGUGAAAUUUAUAAAAGGAAAAAUAGAUUCCAACUUCAUUUCAUGUGUUCUCAAAUUUUGUAGAUGUCUUCCUAAUAAUACACAAAUAGUUUUAACUUUAUUAUUAGUGCUUCAGUCCUACUUAUGUAGAUUGACAUAAGAACUUGUAAAUGAAUACAUACAUGAGAUUCACUCAUUUUCUCAGAAUUUUCUGGUCUUCAUAGUCUUAGUCAUAAAGUAGUAUCAGUAUAUUCAUGAGCCUCCUGUACAGUUUGUAGCAGUCAUUUCUUUCUUUGAUUGCAUGCAAUGCUCAAGGACAUUUUAUCUUUGUCAUGACUGUUCAGAUAUGAAUUGCCAUUGAAAUUCAAGAUUAUACUUCUGUAUUUUGAAUAUGUCAAGAAAAAAAUACUAAUGUAAUGAAAAAACUAGAGUAUUGAGCAUUAUGAUUUAAUAAAGUACAAAUUACUGUGUAAAAUAGUAUUUCUACAAAAAUUAUAUUAAUAAAAUGACAUUUUGUUAUACAAAAUUUCAGAAUUAACUAUUUUUAAUAGGACACUAGCACAAUCAUUCUAGUUGUUUUAGAUUUAUUAGUGUAAUAUUUGAAAUUAUUCUGAAAUGAACACUUGAAAUAAUUAUUAUAAAACUACAUAUUGUAGUACAAUCCAAUGAGACAACUUUCAAUGUACUUUACGUGCAGAAAAAAAAGAAAAGAAAAAGUCUUUCAAAAUUUAUUGUCUCUACUGGAUGUCUAUACAAUAUUGCACACAUCUUAAGGGUACCAAUUAUCUAAAAAAUAUACUUGCAGAAGUGUAUUCAUGUUUAUCUAAUGAAGUAGUAUGAUCAAUGCAUUUACUUUGUAAGAUUAACUAUGGAUAUUUAAUUGCAGUAGUCUUGAAAAUCCAUCUAAAGAAUAGGUUAGAAAUCAAUUAGAAAUUGUAAUAAACAGUUCAAAUAUCUAUUGAAUAACAGAGAUAGAAAUACAGAACAUAUUGAAAUGACAUUAUUUCAGGACAUCAAGAUCCAGGAAUGUAGAUAUUACAUUACAAGGGAUUAAGAUCUCUAUAAUUAGCAGUUACGUAAAUCAAAAAUAACUUAGAUAUAAUAAUUGAGAUUUUUUGGUAAUUUUCCCAUUACAGCAAUUUUGAAUAAAAGGUAAAGAUUUCUUUACAUUGACAUCAAUUGAUUUAUUUGACUAACUACUUUUUUGAAGGUUAUUGCAAAUUUCAAAAUGUAUUGUUAUGUAAUUUAUUCUAUAUCUAAAGCAAUAUUAAGAAAUUAUUUGCAAUUUUAAUAAAAACAUUAUUAAGUGAAGACAAUUUUUUUUCAAAAGCCUUACUCUUUUAACUUCUCAAACCGAUAUUAACUUUAAUUUCAGUUCUCAGUUAUAAGACGUGCAUAAUAGAUGGUUUUUCUCUUAUAGAAAAAGACCAACACAUCAACUUUGCGUACAUGUACAUUUAUUGUACAAUUGGCACAAUUGUUAUCAAGUAAUUGCUGAAUUUUCUUUAAUGUACUUGGAAUCACUUUCCUCAUGAUUGUGAGCGUUUUUAUCAGAAAUUGCCCAAGGCAAGAAAUAAUUUGUAAGAGGCAAAACAAUGCAAGAAUUAUCAGUCUAUCUGACAAAGGCACUGAAAAGGGGACUGUGAUAUCAUUAUUGUAAAUUUACUAACUCCCAUUUAUUAUGUGAUAUUGAAAGACCAUUAAUAAAAGUUCUUACAGAACACCAA